AGCGCACCGGGGGGCGGCGGUGGGGGGGGGGCAAGAAAAAAAAAAAAAAUAAAAAAUAAACUAAGGGAGAGGAAAAAAAAAAAGAGGACGAGAAGAGCCCGACCGCCGCAGGGGGAAGGCUGCGCUCCUCUUGAGGACAGCGCUCAGCACCAUGCAUCUUGCGCCGCUGGCGCUGGCACUCAGCACGCUCUUCAUCGACGGCUUGAGGACGGCAGCGAGGAGGCAGAAGCUGCACCCCAGGCAAGCCAAGCUGCUGGAGAAGCUGAGCGAGUACGACAUCGUGACCCCUACCCGCGUGGACGAGUUCGGCGAGCCCUUCCCCACCGAUGUCCACUUCAGGAGGAGGCGGCGGAGCGCCGGCGCUGCCCCCGACGCCUGGACGGCGGCUGCUGCUUCCUCCUCCUCCUCCUCCUCAUCCUCCUCUAAGGCUCACUACAGGCUCUCCGCCUUCGGGCAGCAGUUCCUCUUCAACCUGACGGCCAGCUCGGCCUUCAUCGCCCCCCUCUUCACCGUCAGCCUCCUGGGCGAGCCCUCCGCCGAGCAGCGGCGCCUGUACGCCGAGGCGGCGGACACCGACGUGAAGCACUGCUUCUACCGGGGGCACGUCAACUCCCGGCCCCGCCACACCGCCGUCAUCAGCCUCUGCUCCGGGAUGCUAGGCACGUUCAAGUCUGAUGAUGGGGACUAUUUUGUCGAGCCGCUGCUAUCGCUUGAACAGGAAUAUGAGGAAGAGCACAAAAAACCACACCUAGUCUACCGACAGCGGACGCCUCCAACCAACUCUUCAAGGGACAGGCGGACCUGUGAUACUCCAGAUCAUGAACACAGUCACAAAAAGAACAAGCGGAAACACUGGAGAAAGCAGUGGGUAGACAGCAGCAUAUUAUCUGACGUGGAGAUGUUAAAGCACAGCCUGGAAGUGAACUCAUUUUCUGCGGGUAGCAACAAGACCGGGACUAUCAGUGAAAAGAAGAGCCACAGAAGAACAAAGCGGUUUCUCUCCUACCCUCGGUUUGUGGAAGUGAUGGUGGUGGCUGACAGCAGGAUGGUCGCCUACCAUGGAGCCAAUCUACAGCACUAUGUCUUAACGUUGAUGUCAAUAGUGGCUUCUAUCUACAAAGACCCAAGCAUUGGAAAUUUAAUUAAUAUUGUUAUUGUGAAAUUGGUCGUGAUACAUAACGAACAGGAUGGUCCUGCAAUAUCUUACAAUGCCCAGACAACAUUAAAAAACUUUUGCCAGUGGCAGCAAUCCCAGAACCACCCCGAAGGAAGUCACCUUCAGCACGACACAGCCGUCCUUGUCACCAGACAGGACAUUUGUAGAGCGCACGACAAGUGUGAUACUCUGGGUCUGGCAGAGCUGGGUACUGUCUGUGACCCCUACAGGAGCUGUUCAAUUAGUGAAGAUAAUGGACUGAGCACUGCGUUCACAAUAGCACAUGAACUUGGCCAUGUGUUUAACAUGCCACACGAUGACAAUCACAAGUGCAAAGAGGAUGGAGGAAAAAACCAACAGCACGUUAUGGCACCAACGCUGAACUUCUACACCAAUCCCUGGAUGUGGUCAAAAUGCAGUAGGAAAUACAUCACUGAGUUUCUGGACACUGGUUACGGGGAGUGUUUGCUUGAUGAGCCUUCAUCAAGAACUUACGCCUUGCCGCAGCAGCUUCCUGGGCUGAUUUAUGAUGUCAAUAAGCAAUGCGAGUUAAUUUUUGGACCUGGAUCCCAAGUGUGCCCCUACAUGCAGAUGCAGUGCCGGCGACUUUGGUGCAUUAACAUUGAUGGCGCGCACAAAGGAUGUCGUACCCAGCACACACCCUGGGCAGAUGGGACAGAAUGUGAGCCUGGAAAGCACUGCCGCUUUGGGAUGUGUGUGCCCAAGGAGCGAGAGGCGCCGGUGGUGGAUGGAGCCUGGGGGACCUGGAGCCCAUUUGGGACGUGCUCGAGAACCUGCGGCGGUGGCAUCAAGACGGCCAUACGGGAAUGCAACCGGCCCGAGCCUAAAAACGGUGGGAAAUACUGUGUGGGGCGCCGAAUGAAAUUUAAGUCCUGCAACACCGAGCCCUGCUCAAAGCUGAAGAAGGAUUUCCGGGACGAGCAGUGCGCUGACUUCGACGGGAAACACUUCAACAUCAACGGGCUGCCCACCAACGUGCGCUGGGUGCCCAAAUACAGCGGCAUCCUGAUGAAGGAUCGCUGCAAGCUGUUUUGCCGCGUGGCGGGGAACACGGCGUAUUACCAGCUGCGGGACCGCGUCAUCGACGGCACGCCCUGUGGCCCCGACACCAACGACAUCUGUGUGCAGGGCCUCUGCCGGCAAGCUGGAUGUGAUCAUGUGCUGAAUUCAAAAGCGAGAAGAGAUAAAUGUGGUGUUUGUGGUGGGGAUAAUUCUUCAUGCAAAACUGUUGCGGGCACAUUUAACACGGUGCAUUAUGGCUAUAACGUUGUGGUCCGCAUCCCAGCUGGUGCAACAAAUAUUGAUGUGCGUCAGCACAGUUACUCAGGGAAACCAGAGGAUGACAACUAUCUGGCCUUAUCUAACAGUCAAGGAGACUUUAUAUUAAAUGGAGAGUUUGUCGUCAGUAUGUUUAAAAGGGAAAUCAAAGUUGGGAAUGCUGUGAUCGAAUACAGCGGAUCGGAUAAUACUGUUGAAAGGAUUAAUUCUACAGAUCGGAUUGAGCAAGAGAUAACACUUCAGGUUUUAUCAGUGGGCAAUUUGUACAAUCCUGACGUUCGUUACACUUUUAAUAUCCCCAUUGAAGACAAACCUCAGCAGUUUUACUGGAAUGCCUAUGGCCCCUGGCAGCCCUGCAGUAAGCUCUGCCAAGGAGAAAGAAAAAGGAAACCUGUGUGUACAAGAGAGUCAGACCAGCUCACGGUGUCAGACCAAAGAUGUGAUCGAAUUCCCCAGCCUGACCCGAUAACUGAGCCUUGUGGCACGGAGUGUGAAUUAAGGUGGCACAUCGCGAGGAGGAGCGAGUGCACGGCACAGUGCGGGCUGGGGUACCGCACCCUGGAGAUCUACUGCUCCAAGUACAACAGGCUGGAGGGGAAGACGGAGAAGGUCGACGACCGCUUCUGCAACAGCCAGCCCAAGCCGAGCACGAGGGAGAAGUGCACGGGAGACUGUAACGUGGGAGGGUGGCGGUACUCCGCCUGGACCGAGUGCUCCAAGAGCUGCGGCGGGGGCACGCGGAGGCGGCGGGCCAUGUGUGUCAACACCUACAACGACGUCCUGGACGACAGCAAGUGCAGCCAGCAGGAGAAGCUGACGGUGCAGCGCUGCAGCGACUUCUUGUGCCCCCAGUGGAAAACUGGCGACUGGUCCGAGUGCCUGGUCACCUGUGGGAAAGGGCACAAGCAUCGCCAGACCUGGUGCCAGUUUGGAGAAGAUCGGUUAAAUGACAGGUUUUGUGACCCUGAAACGAAGCCGGAGUCGGUGCAAACGUGCCAGCAGCAGGAGUGUGCGGCGUGGCAAGUGGGGCCCUGGGGCCAGUGCACAGUGACCUGUGGCCAAGGCUACCAGAUGAGAGUGGUGAAGUGUGUCGUGGGCACCUACGUGUCAGUGGUGGAUGAUAACGAGUGCAAUGCUGCAACCAGGCCAACAGACACCCAGGACUGUGAGAUAGCAGCAUGUCCUCCCCAUCCAAACAGUCCUGAAGCCAAGAGAUCUGUAUCAGGCGUUCACAGGACUCAGUGGAGAUUUGGAUCCUGGACACCGUGCUCCGCAACGUGUGGGAAAGGGACGCGGAUGAGAUAUGUCAGCUGUCGGGAUGACCAGGGCUCGGUGGCCGAUGAGUCUGCUUGUUUCCACCUGCCAAAGCCAUCAGCCACAGAAAUGUGCACCGUGACACCGUGUGGGCAGUGGAAAGCCUUGGAGUGGAGCUCUUGCUCGGUGACUUGUGGUCAAGGUAAGGCAACGCGACAAGUGAUCUGCAUCAAUUACAGUGACCAGCUGGUGGACAGGAGUGAGUGCGAUCCAGACGACCUCCCUGCCACCGAGCAAGACUGCUCCAUGUCUCCUUGUCAUCCAAACAGCCACGACUACGGCAGGCCCAUCCACCCUUUCCUCUAUCCGGAUCAUCGCCUGAAACUGCACCCCGGAGGCAGCCCCAACCGAAACCGUGCACAUAUACCGGGAGGCAAUCAGUGGAGAAUCGGUCCCUGGGGUGCUUGUUCUAGCACAUGCGCGGGGGGGUUCCAGCGGCGGGUCGUGGUGUGCCAGGAUGAAAAUGGAUACACCGCGAAUAACUGCGAUGAGAAAACCAAACCCAUGGAGCAGAGAUCGUGCGAGUCCGGCCCCUGUCCUCAGUGGGCUUACGGCAACUGGGGAGAGUGCACAAAGCCAUGCGGGGCAGGGACAAGAACGCGGCUCGUGGUGUGUCAGCGCCCCAAUGGAGAAAGGUUUACGGAUCUGAGCUGCGAAAUCCUUGACAAGCCACCGGACAGAGAGCAGUGCAAUGUGCAUGACUGUCCUAGAGAUGCUGCCUGGAGCGCUGGUCCUUGGAGCUCGUGUUCUGUCUCCUGUGGAAGGGGCCAAAAGCACCGCACUGUGUACUGUUUGACAAAGGAAGGGAGGCAUAUAGAAGACGAUUAUUGCAAGCACCUUGCUAAGCCCAAUGUGCAAAAGAAAUGCAGAGGGGGCAGAUGUCCGAAGUGGAAAUCAGGAGAUUGGGGACAGUGCUCGGUGUCCUGUGGCCGUGGUGUCCAGCAGCGCUCCGUGCACUGCCACGGUGGCUCCCCGACAGCAGCCGAGGCAGCAGCGUGCGACCCGGCGAGCCGGCCUCCGUCACAGCGGGACUGUCACCUCCCCGAGUGCCCCACGCACCGCUGGGCAGCGGGUGAAUGGCAAGCGUGCGUGAAGACGUGCGGCGAGGCGUCUCGGUACCGCAAGGUGGUCUGCAUGGACGAGAGCAAGCAGGAGCAGAGCAGCGCCUACUGCGACGCCAGCAAACGGCCCCCCGAGAUUGAGAGCUGCCAGCUGCCGCCCUGCGAGUACGUCUGGAUUACCGGGGAGUGGUCGGAGUGCUCCGUCACGUGCGGCAAGGGCUACAAGCAGCGCCUGGUAUCGUGCAGCGAGAUUUACACCGGCAAGGACCACUAUGAGUACGGGUACCAGAACACGGUCAACUGCCCCGGCACGCAGCCGCCCAACAUCCAGCCCUGCUACCUCGGCGAGUGCCCCGUCUCGGCCUCCUGGCGUGUUGGCAACUGGGGAAGCUGCUCCGUGACCUGUGGCGUUGGAGUCAUGCACCGGUCAGUGCAGUGCUUGACAAAUGAUGACCAGCUCAGCAGCUUGUGCCAUGCGGAUUUGAAACCCGAAGAGAGGAGGAUGUGUCACAACGUCCAUGACUGUGAAUUACCAAGGAGUUGCAAAGAUGUUAAAAGUCUCAAAGGUGUCACUGAUGAUGGUGAAUAUUUCCUUAAAGUCAAAGGGAAGACAUUAAAGGUGUAUUGUUCUGGGAUGCAGACUGACAGCCCAAAGGAGUACGUGACCCUUGUAAAUGGGGAUGCAGAGAAUUUUUCAGAAGUGUAUGGAUACAGAUUGCAUAACCCGACUGAGUGUCCAUAUAACGGGAGCAGACGAGAAGACUGCCAGUGUAGGAAAGAUUACACAGCAGCUGGGUUUUCCACCUUCAGCAAAGUAAGGCUGGACCUGAACACUAUGCAAAUAAUAACAACUGACUUACACUUUGCACGGACGCAUGAUGGACGACCUGUUCCUUAUGCCACUGCUGGGGACUGCUACAGCGCAGCCAAAUGCCCGCAGGGUCGCUUCAGCAUAGACCUGUAUGGGACAGGCCUGUCCUUAACGGGAACAGCAAAGUGGCUCUCACAAGGGAAUUACGCAGUGUCGGAAAUUCAGAAAUCCCCAGAUGGUACCAAAGUAGUGGGAAAAUGCGGUGGUUACUGUGGGAAGUGUACUCCAUCGUCUGGAACAGGCCUCGAUGUCCAGGUGUUAUAGCAAUGGUUGUCUGGGAGCAGCCCGCGGAGACGAGAUGGAUGAAGGAUAGCGAUGCAAUACCUCUGCCUUCCACUUUUUUAUCUGUUUAUGUGUGUAUAUAGAUCGCAUAUUCUUAAUGUACAGUAUAAUAUUUAUGUUUGGAAUUAUUUAUUUUGAUUUAAUAUUUUUGUACGUAAAAUCAUUAUAUUAAGGCUGCUUUUACUAUUUUUAUUUUUUAUUGUUAAAUCCUGCAGUCAAACCACUGCAUUUUGCGUACUCUACAUUAUAUGUAGCAUUAUGACAAGUGAUACUUUAUUGUCACUGUAUUCAGUUGUUUACUUUCAAUCAGUAAUUUUCCUUCAGUUACGGGCUGCUUUGGCCCUCUACGGUGCUACACAAUCUGCAUAGGGGUAUUUUUGGCAUUUCAAUCUGUCUUUCUGUAAGGAAAAUAGACAAGACGUGCUUAAAUUUGAUGUUAGUGAUUAGGCCAACAGCACUCAAGGAAAACAUGACAAUGAAUACAGUGCUAGUUGCAUUAGCAAUCUUUAUCUUUUAGGUAUGUUUUGAAUUUCACAUGACCUCUGUGGCCAGUGCUAAAGCACUGGUUUGGUGCUAACAUGGUAUUUAUUAACGCUCUGUAGUUUUAGUUAAUCCAGUGCCUUUAUCAGUGAGAAAAGGAAGAAAGCAGAAAAAUUGUCAGGCGAUUCGAAUCAAUUGAGAUCUACCCCAGGUUCAGGAAAAUUCCUGCAGAUGGAUCUUCAGCUGAGCCCCUUUUAUUGGUAGGGCUCCGAAGCAAACUCGCUUUUCAGAAAAAAAAAAAAAAAAAAAAAAAAAAAAACACCAUACAUUUCUCUGCUAAUUGCAUGUGCCACCGUGCUUCCUGGCUCCAUCUGGCAGCGGGGUAUUAACUCAUCCAGGCAGGCUGAUGAGCCCAUAUGUUUCCCCAGGCUGAGAAGCACCGCAGCUUAUUAGGGACGUUGUCACAAAAUCCAAACGCGGAGCCCAAAGCAUCUCUGCUGCGCUCCCACCACCCGCAAGCACCUGCCUGCGUGGCUGGGGGGAGCAGGGCACGUAGGGGCUGGGGACAGCACGUCCUGCCCUGCUGCCCCGCGAUGCUUCCCGGCUUCCUACUCACUGGCAGCCCAUCUGCAAGCACGCAGGGCCGGGCAGGCGGCAGCAGCGAGAUCAGCGUGUACUUGCAGAUAACUCUGCCCCCCCCCUUUGAAAACAGCCUGCUUUACGCCUACUUCUGUAUUGCUUCGUAUCUUCCUGGUAGGGCAUCUGCGCUCUUUGCUGUCCGCAAUCCAAUGUACAACCAGACCUUUAAUGUUUUUUUUUGUGUUGUUUUUUUUAUUUUAUUUUUAAUUGAGGGGAAAGCUCCCAUAGGCACCACCACGGCUGUGUGAUGACUGCAGCUCCGCCUGUACAUAGCCUGCUGCUUGCGGCAUGCCACGUUUUUCGCAGAGCUUCGUAGCACGUUGAACGGGGGUGAUGUGACCAGAUUAUUUUUGUAGUCUAUGACUAUGUCUCUUAAUUCUUUCUCCACAAUUUUACUUAGUUAUAGGAAGACGCUGCCCCGCUGCCGUAUGUCAGGGCAGCCAGCAGCACAAAGUACAAGGAAAGGAAGCUUUUUAGCACAAAAUUGCCAGCAGUUUGGAAGACCAAAGAGUCUUGUCUGCUAAUCUGGCUAAAUCGUUCAAUUUUGGAUGCAAACACUCAACAAACCCUUCCUCAGGAUCUUCUGCAAGUCUUUUACCUGCCAUUACCCAGCUCCCCAGAGGAGGAGCAGUCAGUCUGUUACAAAACAGUCAGAUCAAUAGCAAUAAAUUGUCAGAUCCCUGGAUUCAUAAUGCAUGUAUUCAGCCUGCAGAAUGAAACCCGUCAGCCUGACAGACAGGUAUUGAUAUAUUCACGUAAAUCGGUAGACAUCUAAUGUGUGAGCAGGGUCCUGUUAAAAGGCAGCAGCUAAAGAAUCGGUGCUCGGCACUUACCCAUGCGUGCCUCUGCCGCUCUCGUUAAUAUUCAGGCUUAGAGGAAAGAAUGAGACUAUCUUACUCAUCAUUUGGGGUGAUUUUUUUGUUUUUUGUUUUGUUUAAUAGCACAUAAAAUAAGUAGAUAUGAUCAUAUCUUAAGGCUGAUUUCACCUAUGUUGUAUGCCUAUGAGUAGCAAUGAGAAAUUACGCCUUUCUGAGAAAAAUGCCAAAAAUACCAUUUCAAAAGUCAAAGAAAAGAAAAGGGAAAAUGGAAAGGGAAAAAGGGAUAGGGUAAGGGAAAAAAGGGAUAGGGAAAGGGAGAGGAAAAAGGGAAAAGCAAUAGUUACAGAAUAAAGAUUUUUUAAUGAUAAUUGCUCAUGUAUAACUUCUGUAGGGGAAAAGGGAAAAUUGCACUAUGAACUUUAGAGAGAAACAGUGGUGCUUAGAAAGUACAGGCUUAUUAUAUUUUCUGUAAUGAAGUGAAUGGCUAUUUAUAAAAAGAAAUAUUAUUUUGACCUGUACACAUUCCUGUCUACCAUAUAGAUUCAUAACAGCUAAUAACAGAGCAAGAGAAACCUAAAAAAAUAUUAAAUAAACUAUAAGGGAAGAAUUGAUAGAUCACUGAUUCACUAGAUUAUGAUUCAUUAAAGGGCUUCAUUAAAUAGGAACAGACUUUGAGGACCAGAGGCCUUCAACGCUUCUUGUUCAGGAAACAACUCUGGGUUUUGUAUAUCAAUGCCAUUAUUUUUCUACAAACUUUUUCGUUUUGUUUUGCGAGCACUUUCCUGUACAGUAUUUCUUUUCUUUCUGAUUAUAUUCAAAAGGAAAUGAAGAGACCUGUAAGAGAUGUCUGUAUGGUCUUUCUGCAUUUGCCAUCGUAUUUCAAUACCUGUGUGCUAUUAUAGAGGCAAAAUACUUUGUACACAAGGGAAUAAUACAGUGAAUGGUAAACAUCCA